UUUAGCUUUUUUCUUCCCAUGUCAGAACAAAUGGUUCUGCAACAUCAUAUGUUUGUGCGGAUGGAAUAAGACAAGCAUUGCGUGAGCAUAAAUAUAGUUUAUUUGUUGCAUUUUACUAGCACUUGCUACUGCUUCGGUCAACGUUUUCGCUGCGACGGCAAUCUUUCUAGUGGCGGCGUGAUAUCGACAAAGAAAAAACAACGGAACUGUACUGAAUACUACUGGUGCAACGUAGAUGAGACGGCAGCAUUAUCAAUCCCUCUUAUUCAACAUAAUUUACAAUGGCAGGCCCAAUAGACACAAGAAAACGUUCCCGCGAAGAAGAACAGAACGAAUUUAUGCCCCUGUCGAAGCGGAUCAAUAAUCUACAUCUAAACAACAGCCAACACAGUAUUGCGGGAGGAGUGCUGCCAGAGCAGAUCACCGCUGGAGCUUCCCAUGUGGUUGGGCAGAUACGGCAGCACGAUCACCAUCAUCAUUUGCUCGGUGGCGCGGGCGGAUCUUGUGCAAUCGCCAUCCACAACAAUCAUCAUCUGAUUGGGGUGAUGGCUGGCAGCAGUUCCAGCAGUAGCAAUAGUAGCAACAGUAACGCAAGCAGUGUUGGUUCGUUUCGGAUUCCUGCCAACAGUGGAAGCAAUAGUCCUGCGUCAACCAUUUCAAUUAACGGCGAAAUCCUUGGCGAUUACUGUCCGGUGCUAAGCGCGGAAGAAAAUCCACAUUAUUUCACUAAAAACAAAAUUCUGUACGAGCUGUACGUAGAAAGGAUGAGCAGAUUGCAAUGAGCAAUCACCAGGAGAGAGAAUAGGUCACAACCAUUGAUUUUCAUACUUUUAACUUUCUCGAACAAUCUUAAAACACGUAAUUAUUUAGUUUUUAACAAAUACCGUAACAUGUUUGUAAAGCGAUUUAUAAUGUGUGUUUAGUUGCGUGCAGUGAGCGGAUCGUGGUAACGGAUUGAGUGCUAUUUGAAGAGAAUUUGUCACAAGCUAGAAGGUUAGCGGACAGCGUUUUGAAGCUGAUGAUUCGAAAUAAAAUCAAAAUCAUAAAUUAUUGAACAAAA